AUGACUGAUCAACCCAACGACAAAAGUGUAUUGUCAUCAAUUGUUACUUUCGAAAAAACAUCCGAUUCUCUUAAUGUUAGUCAAAAUGUAAUAUACAACGAACAAAACGAACAAUCAACUGAGACAAGAGUCUGGUCAAGGAUUAUUCCUUUCGGAAAUACUUCUGAUUUUCUUUGUUCUAAUCAAAAUAUUAUAUAUGACGAACAAAAUGAACAGCCAGCUGAAGCAAGAGCAUGGUCCACAUAUCAGAGUUCGAAUUCAGAAAAUGUUCUUAGUGAAGGUCCGACAAGACAACAAAAAGUUAUUCUUUCUUCGACACUACAGGAUCAACAACAACGAUCAAACGAAGAUCAUCGUAGUGUGGAACAUAUUCUUUCCUAUGUUGAUCGCCGUCGAUCUCCUCGUCUGAAGAAAUAUCGCUUAACAUGGCGUACAUUCAUUGGAACCAUGUCUGGAAUGGAGCAAAUUUAUGCACGAGACAACUUUCUUCGUUGCUUUGAAGAAAUUCGACCUGCCUUUAUUUUCACGGAUUCAGUUUUUCGAGGUAUUGGCCAAGUGAUGUUUGCUAAUAAUCCAUUGUCAGGUAUUAUUAUUACAAUUGGUUUAUUUAUUGGAAAUUGGGAAUUAGCAUUAUAUGGUCUUCUUGGAACGUGUGUAUCAACAUUAACAGCUCAUGUGCUUGGAUUUACUCGUGAUUCUAUUCGAGCUGGAUUAUAUGGCUAUAAUGGAUGUUUGACAGCUAUGGGGAUAUCCUAUUUUAGUUUUCCUCAUUCUCCUCAGAUGAUUGGUCCUGUUGUAAUCAUGUGUAUAUUUUCAACGAUUUUUGUUAUGGGAAUCAGUAAAAUACUUGUUCAAAAACUCGAAGUCCCACCAUUUACGUUUGCCUUUCAAAUAUGUACUUGGACAUGGCUUCUUGGUGCCUUGAAAUUUCGUUAUUUUUUCGUUGACGGCACUAUUCUAUCGCCUAAUUUAUUAUCAACAUUCACUGAUAAACCCAAUCUGGGAAAUGUCUCGUUUCCAGUCUAUACAAUUCAAGAUAAUUUUGUUGGUUUCUUUUCUAGUAUUGCACAAGUUUAUUUUAUUGAUAAUCCAUAUACGGGCGCCAUUAUUCUUGUUGGUGUUAGUAUUUGUUCUCGAAUACUUUCUUUUUUUGCUCUCUUCGGUGCUGUUAUAGGCCAAUUAACUGCAGCCUAUCUGUUGGGAUUACCUGCAAAAGCAAUUCAUGCUGGAUUAUGGGGCUUUAAUUCAGUUCUAACAUGUCAAGCUUUGGGCGGUAUGUUUUUUGUUCUUCAUGGAUACAGAAUAUGGUUAUUAACAUUCUAUGGUGCAAUCAUGUCAGUACUUCUACAAGCAGCUGUUUCAGCUUUUCUCGUUCCAGCAGGUAUGCCAACAUUAACAUUUCCAUUCACUGCCAUCUGUUGGAUAUUUUGUCUUAUUGCUGGUUCAAAAAAUUUAAUUGCUGUCCGACUGACAGCCGUCAGUAUUCCUGAAGAUCACUAUCGUCGAUUUCGCCUUUCAAGAUUAGUGAAAGCUCAAUUUAAAUUCAUAAGCCAUUUGACAGAUCUUUCAUCAGCGCACGACGAAGAUAUAACAUGGGAAGAACUUUUCAAAAUCAACGAAGUGUUUGUUCCUAUUUUAAUGUGUUCGUAUGUUUAUCAUAAUGAUAUAGAUAAUUUAAAAGUGCUAGUAAAACAAAAUAUUAAUAUUCAUUCGACUGAUCAAAACUUGCGUAGUCCAUUGCAUAUUAGUGUUUCGCAGGGCAAUAUGAAAAUAACAAAAUGGUUAGUUGACAGUCUCAAAAUCAAUGUUAACUUGAUUGAUAAAUUUGGUGGCACACCAUUAUUUGAUGCCUUAUGGCAUGGGCAUUUUCAUUUACUUCCAUUUCUCUAUUCACGUGGUGCUCGACUUCCAUCAUCGAGAUCAAAAGAAUUAGCAUUUUAUUUGAAUGCAUUUGUGUACGAGAAGAAUUUGGAUGCGAUUCACUGUUUGAUUUCAUGUGGACUUAACCCAAAUACGAGCGAUUAUGAUGGCCGAAAUGCUCUUCACUUAGCUGUCAUGACUAACCAAAGUCAGAUCGUAUCGUACCUAGUUGAACAUUGCUCUGUUUGGUUAAAUACAGUCGAUUAUUUUCGUCAAACAGUCUUUGAUUAUGCAUCACGUUUAUCCGAUGUCCAUAUCAUGAAUUAUCUAUUAGAACAACGAGACAUAAGUCGCCCACUUGAGAAAAAAUCAACUGAAAACUCAAAACUUUUAGAAAUAAUCGUCGAACAAAUUUCAGAAACCAAAGAUAAAAUCCAGCAAAACGAAAACGAUCAAAACUAUUCCGUAAAUAUGGAUGAGAGUCUUUUACCUACACUAUUUUGCAUGAUUGCAGCUCAAGAAGAUAUUAAUGUUAUGAAUAAUUUUCUAAAAGAAUUUCCUCAGUUGAAUGCACUUGAAUGUGUUGAUUAUGAUUUUCGUUCUGCAGCGCAUGUGGCCGCUUCUGAAGGUCGACUUGAAAUUAUUCGUUUUUUGUCUCAACAAUGUAAAUUGUGUGACUUUCGACGAAUAAUGAACCGAGAAGAUCGAUGGGGUUUAUCACCGUUGGAUGAAGCCUAUCGUAAUGGACACAUUGAUAUUUGUAAUUUUAUUAAUGAAAAAUUAAGUACGCAAACUGAUGAAGUCUAUCCAACAAUAGUGAAUUCAAAAGAAAUCAGCUAUGAGUACAAUGUUACCUAUCGCUUGUUACGAAAAUGGAGAAAGAUUUUAAUUUUUUGUGCAUUGGCAGCAUCUGGUGAAGCUGAAAGAAUCAAUUCAUUAUUUGCUCGCGGCUAUUUUGUUGAAACUGAACUUUACGCCGACUAUCAUGGGCGAACUCCUAUGCAUUUUGCUGCAGCUAAUGGACAUUUAAAUGUAGUUCAAGUACUAAUGUGGCAUCGAUAUGAAGAUGUGAAACAUAAAGAUCGCUGGGGAAAUUGUCCUAUCGAUGAAGCACGAUUACAGAGAUUCGAUAAGAUUGUAGACGAAAUGUUGAAGAUCAAGUUUUGA